GAAAACGCCUGCAAAGUGGACAAAUGUUACGUGAAAAGUACAUCGUGAAGCAGCAGCCUGAACCGGAUUAAUAUAUCAUUUUUGUUGUGUUUGUGCAUAAAUAAGGACAAAAGUUGUGCAGAGCGCAAUUUUUGUGCAGGCCGCUUUAAAGUAGCUUUGGGAUAAAAGAAAAGAAAAAACGCCGGAAGUUGGAAGUGAACUAAGAUGAUAGUAAUUUCCGGUGUGGAAUCGUAUUCUUUAAAUGGAUCCGUUGAGUUAACAACCGUAUUGGGUGCGCUUUUUGGCGUCGUUGCUUUGAUGUUUUUAUUUUUUCUUUACGUACAUCGCAAAUGGUGCUUUCAUGCUCGUCACAGUCUAAAUUGUUGCGAUGAGAAGAUAAUCGCAUCAAAAUAUACACAAAAGAUGUCUCGCAAACGCCGCUAUGACAAUACCAGUUCCGAUUCCGAGGAAGACAUAUUGCGCCGUUUACGCUUGCAGCAGUCACGUAAUUUUUCAACAAAUGGCCACUUCAAUAACUACGGUGUCCAUCAGCAGUCUUCGUAUCAGCCACCGUCACCGCCAAAUCCGCAACAGAGCUUCAAUUAUACACCAAAUGAAUUGCAACGCGUAACGAUAACGCCACGCUUUGAUUCAUCCCGCGAUCCAUUGGCCAUAGCGGAGCGUGGUAAAGUUGGUAUUCCGUCCUCGCAUAGUGAGUGCAGUUCAAAUGAUUCGGAGAAAGCGUCCGUCGAUAGUCAUACGGGUAUAUUGACUGGUGACAGGAAAGAACGUUUCCAGAGCAAUGGCGGUACGAACAAAUCGAGCGAGUGCAGUGUUUCAUCUUCGCUGAAAGAGUCGCGCAUUGACAAUCGGGCUGAUUUGUUAAAAUCCAGCAGUAAUAGCAGCAGCAGCAGAUAUCAGAAAAUUUCGACUGCGUCUGUGCGUCAAGACAGUUUAGACGAUGUGCCUGAUUUGCAUAGCAAUAAUAAUAAUAAUAAUAACAACAGUAAUAAUAAUAAUGAAGAUGAGCCACUUUUCGACACGAGUGAUUUGCGGUCCAUCAAAUCGGAUGAUACUUCCGUACAGAACCAAUUCUAUGGCAAAAGUGGUAGCAUCGAGAUCUCGUUGCUUUACGAUGCACCGAUGCGUAAAAUGACAGUGCAUGUGAUGCAAGCUCGAGGUUUACCUACUCUGGGCAAUGGACAGACGACGCAUACGCAGGUCCGCCUUCUUAUGUUGCCAAAUAAGAAGCAAAAGCAUAAGACUAAAAUACGUUCGGGCGAAAAUCCUCAAUACAUGGAAAGUUUUUUACUGCACCGGGUCAAUCCGGAAGAAGUCAACAACAUGGGUCUGCGCGUACGAAUAUACGGCUGCGAACGCUUGCGCAAAGAACGUCUCAUCGGGGAGGCGUACGUUAGUUUUGCCACAAUAGAUCUGGAGUUGGAGACGAAUUUGUGGUUACCAUUGGAGCCUAGGAGCACAUCUUCUGUUUUGGGCUCCAAUAGUGAUUUGUUAAGUCUGGCGCGAUCAGACAGCGCUGGUUCGACCACCUCGAUGCAACACGGUGGAGUGCCAGAAUUACUCUUAGGCUUAGGUUAUAACGGUGUUACGGGUCGUUUGACGGUGGAAAUUGUCAAGGGCAGUCAUUUUCGCAGUUUAUCAAUGAAUAAGGCACCCGACACGUAUGUGAAGCUAUGCUUAGUCAGCAGUAUAGGACAGGAGAUAUCGCGAGCGAAAACAUCAACAAGGCGUGGCCAACCACAUCCGCUAUUCAAGGAGACCUUCGUCUUUCAAGUGGCACUUUUCCAGUUGAACGAUGUGACGCUGAUGGUUUCCGUUUAUGCGAAACGUAAUAUGAAAAAGAAUGAAAUGGUCGGCUGGUUUAGUUUGGGACUAAACUCGUCCGGACCUGAGGAGGUGGCGCAUUGGGCGGAUGUGCGCGAUUUAGCCAAAGGCGAGCUACUAGCGCGGUGGCAUGUGCUUGUGGAUUCCUGAUUCGAGCAGUUGGGCCAAUCUUCUCGACGCGGCAGUGCCCUAGGCAUUUUGGGCUUUGCGACGAAAGAUAAGUCCAAAUCGAAAAAGCUGAAGGAAGAGGAGGAAGGCGAUGUGGAUGUUAGUAUUGCGACGGAUAAAGCGGUCGCAGUUAAUAUUGAGGCUGGCUUGGAGCUCGACUUUGUUUAGAGUAUUGGGAUUAACCAAAUGACUCUGUUGUAAUGUGAGCAACAACAAACAAGAGCAACAUUUUUGUGUGUUUACGAAGCAUAAACCAAAACCAAAAACAAAAACAAAUUUGUAUAGCAAAGUAGUUUUCUGUACCACAGCGACAGAAACCGAACAACGCUAAAACGAGAAUUUAACCUUAGUAUUGUCACUUUAAAUUACCAAAAUGGAAAAAAUCAAAAGGAAACAAACAUACAUACAUAUAUUGAAUAUCAAAUAUGUCACUUAACUAGUAAACAAAUUACGCACAUUACAUAUUUUGGUAGAAAAAUAACUAAACGACAAAAACAAAACAAAGCAUGAAACGAUAAACUAGUAACCUGAUAUAAAAAAUUAAUUGAAUUUAAACUGGAAUUUCAUACAAAUGCUUUUAAUGAAGAAAGAUGUUUAUGAACGGAACAAAAAACAAAAAUGUGUUGUUUUGUAAGUAAUACGUGAAGGAUUUUGAUGGAUUGAUAAGUAAAAUGAGUUUUGAAUUUUGUGAUAUGCGAAUGAGUAUUAAUUUAGAAGCCAGUCUAUGCAUUUGUGCUAAAC